UCAGCCACUUCUUUCUUCAUCUUUUAACUCUCUUCUCUGUCCUCCACAAGCCAAGUAUCUUCAAUUCCAACCAAAACCCAUCUCAUUUUUUUUGUGUUCUAAUUUCAUACAAACUUCAAGGUUUCAAUCUUUUUGGCCAUUUCUUCGUACCCCAAAUCUCACUCUUUUCAUCUACUCUGUUUUUUUCUUCUUUCUUUUUAGAAUUUCGAAUCUCCAAUUUGUUUACACCCAAAAUAAUGUCGUCGAGUAUCUAUCAAGGGUUGCAAUCAUGUCUUGUGGAACCACGUGUUUUAAGGCUCAAAUUGUCUCCCUCCAAAUCCUAUUCUUCCCCGUCGCCGGCUGAAGAACAAGAUUCCGAUCACUCUGUUACUCAUUCUGACCCACAAAUUCAAACCCAUCUCAAAAUGGAACAGAAUCAACAGAAUCACACUGCCCGCGGGAAUGGUGUUGGUGGGUGGAGCUUUCUCCAAGCUCCGUCGGGUGUGGAUGGCCACCCUCCCGAAAAUCGAUAUGCUCCGACGAUGGCCCUCAGUCCGAAGAGCCUCGAAAUGUGUACUGAGAGUUUGGGCAGCGAGACCGGCAGCGAUGGUGGCAGUGAAACCGGCAGCGACGAGAAAAUGUCUCUGUUUUCGCCCGACGAAACGGAGACUUCUCCGUCGUUGGCCUCCGGCAGAAAGUCGGUUAGGCUUUCGAGGCUAGCAAAGAAACUCGCCAAACCCAGCUAUCCUCCACCGUUGACGACCAUGAGCGGGUCAAUGGGUGUGAAGGUGAAGCCUUAUAGGGAAGGCGGACGGCUAGUGCUGAAAGCGGUGUCGAUUCCAUCGACAAAGGCAUGUUUUGAGGUGGAGCGCGGCGGGGGAAGGCUGAGGCUGAGACUGUUGGAGCAUUGUUUUUUGUUGAAGAGUUUACGAGAAGGAGAGGAAGAAGUAGAAGAGCGGGAGGAGGAGGAGGUGGAGAGCGGCGGGCGACUGCGGAAGGGGAGGAGGUGCAAAGAAGGUGGAGGAGGAAGAAAAGAGUUGGUGAGUUGGGAGCCAUUUUUGGUGUCAACUUGAAGAACUUGAGGAUCUAUUAUUUUUCAUUUUAAAAUCUUCUUAUUUUCUGACUAUGAUGGCUAAAUAUCAUUAUAUAUUUUGUACGUUUGAUUUCGCAAUAUAUAUAUACAUAUAUAUAUAUAUAUGCUAAUUGCUAAUGGCAGUUAUUAUGGUUACUCUCUCUCUCCUCAAAAUGUUGUAUUCUCAAUUUACUAUUUCAACCAUCUUUAUCUCAAAAUAGUAAUGAAAUUGUGACAAUUAAAUCUUCA